AUGGGCUUUUCGAAUGGCAACGGUGGUAUUUCAAGAAGAAAACAGAUAAUGAGAGGUCGGAAGCGUGAUGAUUUACCGUCUCUCGGCAUUGUUGCCAGACGAGCAACUUCGCGAUAUGGCUUAUCACGGCAAAACAAAACUGUUACAGUGAGCGGGCGAAGAAUUGGUAUAAAUACGCCAAUCAACAAAUAUGCGAAUCGAAGAACAUCUUUUUUCAAAUCGAUUCGUCCACAAAAAGCAACAAGUCAAAAGGCAGAAUUACGGUGUCAUGAUGCAUUAUGGGAUAAGUGUGAACGUCUGUUUCGAAUAGGUGAUAUAGUUUCAAUAAUAGAUAAGGAUGAUGGUUUGUGUUAUUUUGCGCAGAUUCGAGCUUUACUAUGUAAUCAAUUUGGUGAACGUUUUGCCGCUCUUACUUGGUUGGUUCCCACUGAAUCAGCUGAUGAAGCUCACCAUUUUGAUGCAGAACAUUUUGUGCAUGCACUGUCCGACUCAGUGAUGUAUCCUCUAGAGGUUUGCACAUUUGUACAGCACGCUCCAUUGCUUCCGGGUUAUUGUCAUGAUUGGAGACCGCGGUCUUUAGUGGAAAAAAAAUUACAUGAACAGAUGGAGGAAAGAGUUCGUUCUGUAAAUACAAUACCAACUAAAUUAAUUGCAUUUGAUGAAAAAAUUCCGUUGUCGAAAUAG